AUGAAGGAUUGUUCACCAAGUGUAGCCUCCAUUGUGACAGGUGAUAGGUUCAAUUUGAGCCAAUGCCCGAAGAACGACCUUGAAAGAGAAAAAAUGAAGAACAUUUCAUAUGCUUCUACUGUCAGAAGCCUAAUGUAUGCUCAGUUCUAUACAAGACCUGACAUUGCAGUUGCUAUGGGAAUGUUAGGACGAUAUCAGAGUGAUCCAGGUUUAAACCACUGGAGAGCUGCAAAGAAAGUAAUAAGGUACAUUCAAGGAACCAAAGACUGCAUGCUUAUGUAUAGGUGGACGGACAAUCUGGAAGUAAUUGACUACUCAGAUUCUGACUUUGUUGGUUGUAUUGAUUCACGCAAAUCAACAUUAGGAUAUAUUUUUUUGAUGGUCGGUGGAGCUGUAUCAUGGAGGAGUGCCAAGCAGACUUUGACUGCUACUUCCACUAUGGAAGACAGUUCGUCUCUUGUUUUGAAGCUACUUCACAUGGUGAAUGGCUUAAGAGUUUCAUUUUUGGGCUUAGAAUUAUGGAUUCUAUCUCUAGGCCAUUGA